CGCUUUCUCGUUCGAGAUUCAAUAUUAACAUCCCAUUCUUUCUAUUCGCCUUCCCCGUGGAACACAUGCCGCCCAAUGUCACCAACGAAAGAAACAGCCGUGUAUUUUCUCGUCGACUCCACGUGCGGCGGGCCUUCGUCCCAGCGCGAGAGGCCAGCGAAAGCGCAUCCCACGGCGCGACUACCACGCUGGACGCAUCUAUCAAGCUGCCGUUUCCUCGCGAACCGCGAGCGCUCUGUGUCUUAAGCGCAGCGGCCAUGGACAGCGCUGUACCUCCCUGGCCCAGCCGAGACCGCCCCUGGUUCCGGCUCAAAUGCCGCGCUGUUUGCGUCUCCCCUGCAGCCGCUGCCUGGAGAGUCUUCUCCAAGACACCCUCCGCGGCCGAGUGUCGUGGACGAUUCAUCUUGCUUCGGGCGUCUCGCCUAUGCCAGCCGGCACCGAGGGAGGCUCCUAGCUCUCAGCAUGGAAGCGGAGGCGAAUGACGCCGAGCGCAACCUCGAGCCGAGCCGAGUCAAGCCGUGCAUCGAACGCCGCAAAGGGAAGGAUCCGCGCAGUUCGCUCUGCCAACCCUGGUGACGAAGGAGGCGGGCCGAGCCGACCUUUCUCCUGCCCCCCUUACGCGAGCAGAGGCGCCAGCUUGCCUGCAGCUGUAGGCCGAUGACGACCUUGCCCGAGCUUGCCGACCGAAGCGACGGCAGUCUCGGCAGUGCGUCCACGUCGUCCCCCGACCGGCCCAGGGACGAGGGAGCCAACGGGCUGCACCGCCGGCUUCUGGAAGCAGAGCGAGAGGAAAAAAUAAAAGAAAGGAGUGCCGCUUUGCCUUCGCUUGGAAGCAUGCUUGCCAGCCUGCCUGCUGCCUUGCUGACUCGCUUGGGAGAGAAAAAAAAAAGCUACAGCGUCGGUGUGCCCUGUUCCCUCCCACUUCUUCGUGGCUUCCUGCUCGCCGACACUUCCUCACGGAGGCCGAGUUUCUUCUUCUGGAAGAAGCGACCUCGACAAAGAGGUUUGUUGUGACAUCGAGAGCUCACGCGUCACAAGCGAUGCGAUGCGUUACAUAAGAAGGCAGCAAGCCACAUCAGAGGUUCAGAAUGGAUUACGCACCCCCAAGACGCAUGGCGUCCACAACGUGGUCGUUCUCCUUGGGAAUCAUAGGCGUUCAAGGCCAUGGAGUGGCCGUGUCGAGGUAAUAGGCGCUUCGUCAAGGUCCCAGCGUGGGCUCUUGAUCACCGACGAUGUAACAGGGCCAGUCGCCAUCAUCCAUGCUUGGAUGCUAGCGGCGCAGCCCCGCAGCCGGAAGCAGCAGCAGUGCGAGCGGCGGGCCUGAGCGCCGUUCGGCCCGCCACAAGCAAGAAGCGGAGAAACAGCGAGGGAGACCUCAUCGCCGGGUCGCGCCCUGCCUCCUCGCGCGUGUCCGUGCCCGUGUUGAGAAGAGGAGCGCGCCGGACCCGGUGGCCACAGUGGCCGGCCUCGCGCUGGAGGCGGCCGAGGCGUUCGCGCUGGAGCCGCAGCCCCCCCAGACAGCCACCAAGAUCGGCGACCUGGACCUGGCCAUGAGCUCGUACUUCGCCAACUCGUACCUGCCCGACAUGCGGCCGGCAGCGGGCGGCGUGGUCGUCGGCAACGGCGGCGACCACUACGGACCCCCGCCGCCGCCGCCGCAGCAGCAGCAGCCGCAGCCCAACGGCGACCACUGCGACCAGCGGCAGCAGCAGUACUUGCAGCAGCACUCGUACGGGGGCUCGCCCCAGGGCUACCCGCGGUUCCCGCCGUACGAUAGGCUGGAGAUCCGCGCCAUCAACAGCGCCCCGAACUCUCCCAGCCCACCGGGCGGCUACUACGGUAACCACUGCGGCGUGCCCCCGCCGCCGCCGACGCCGCACCAGCAGCAGCAGCAGCAGCCGCCGCAGAGCAUGACGCACCCGAGCGCGUACGUGCCCGCCGCGGCGUCCGUGGACGGCGGCCAGAACUGUCGCGGGUCGCCCAGCGAGGCGCCCGUGCCGCCGGCCAUGGCGCAGUACCCGAGCUGCAAGAUGCAGGGGGGUCCCCUGGGCGCGGGCGACCUGCCGGCCCGGGCGGCCUCGGAGUGCGUCCCGCCGCAGACGCCCGUCAUGCACCAGGCGGCGUGCGGCAGUCCGCCCGGCGUCCACCACUCGCCGCCGCAGCAACAGCUCUACUCGCCCAGUCACGGCGGCAUGCCCCCCAACGGCCAGCCCACGCACAACUCGGGGGCCAUGCCCAGCCCUCUCUACCCCUGGAUGCGGAGCCAGUUCGAGCGAAAGCGGGGCCGCCAGACGUACACGCGCUACCAGACUCUGGAGUUGGAGAAGGAGUUCCACUUCAAUCGCUACCUGACCCGGCGGAGGAGGAUAGAGAUUGCGCACGCCCUGUGUCUCACCGAGCGCCAGAUCAAGAUCUGGUUCCAGAACCGGCGCAUGAAGUGGAAGAAAGAGAACAAGGCCAAGCUGGAAGCCGGCCUCGCGUUGGGACACGGGCCGCCCGAGCUUACGCACCACCCGGACCACGGGCCGCAGUGAGCCGACGCGCGUCUUCAUCGCCCCCCGUUUACCCGCUUAUAUUUUGUUUGUUGCAAAUUUUUUUGUUGAUUUCCUCGUCCCCCACCAGCACCCACCACAACACUUGCGUUCCUUCCCGCCUAUAGUAUAGCUGGCCGCGCGCACAGAGCGAAUCAUGCGGUGUCUUUACACACACACAUACGCGCACGCACGCACGUCUCCGGCGGCUACAACUUCCUUGUAUGAGUAUCGCACACGUGACGCCUGUCGCUGCCGCGACUGUAUUCUCGCCGUACGUAUAACAUAUGUGAGCUGCAGGGAAGCCGACGAGCUUUCGCGCGAUUUUACGGGAAUUUGGGUUUCAUCCCGAGCACGAUUCCCGUAGGGCUGCGUUUACCAUGCACUGCACCUCCGAGGCCGAGGGCCCGUCUUGAGGUUUUGCUGGGGACGACUCCUGCGCGGCAUAAUGCUUAAGCGCUGUGGCGCAGGUGCUAAUCUAGCAGCUAAUACGGGCCAUAUUGUAUGACAGCUGUAAAAAACAAAAUUAAGGCGUGCAUGGGUUGGCUUCAAAAGUAUCGCGGCACUUCGUAUUUAAGGUUUCCUUACUACUUUCCUUUUUGUUUUUGGAGGAGGGCCACCACUAUAAUCUCACCCUUGUCUCUGGCACAACACAGGACUAAUACUUAAUGUGGUUACUUGGGGGGCUCAGACGAAGAACCCGCCAUUUUAUGUCUCUUUGAAAACCAUGAGAGUUUAGCAAACCAUCAAAAGCUGGGGAGAAAGGUAGUGGUCUUGAGUUUUCUAGGGGAAUGUGCUCCACUGGGAUGUUAUAAGUUGCCAUGCACGCUUAAGUUAACUCUCACAAGGAAGCAUGCACACCUCCUUUGGUUUGUGCACAAAUGUUACAGAUGACUCUAUCAAACUGAACAACUAAGUUGUUACAGAUCAACUUGUCUGCUUCUGUCAUAUAGAGUACCAAUUAGGCGAAAGAUUUGUCUGGUCAUCUUUAUGGUCGUUGUUUCAAGCACAGUCGGUCAAGCGAUAGAUUAUGCGGGAAAAAGCGCAGAUUCCAAUAACAUUAUGUGCUAAAACACGCAUACUUUGCUAUUUUGAGUAUCGAACACUAUGAUUAUGCUGCCGAGCAUUACUCUUCUUUAUUUUUUGCUGACUAAGAAACCGAAUGCCCCGAAUUUUCGCAUUCAUUCUACGUUUUGCGCGGAAGAGACAUGCUCCUUUGUCUUCUGUGGCAGGCCGUGAGAUUAUCUGUAUACGUAAUGCCAUUAUACGUAAUCUUUUUCCUAAACCAUACGCGAACCUUCAAGUUAUACGUCUGAAGUACCAAAUAUUUCUAGAGUACUUUCAUUUAUUAAUCAUACUUUGUACAAAACUCUAUCAAUAGGUAUUUUGACUAUGCCUCGUAUACGUAGCGCAUAGCGCAUAAUGACGUUUUAUUUUUACGCAAAUAUUAAGUAUUUAUUAAAUAUAGAAUGUCUGAUUACAGCAUCUCUAAACGUGAGUUGAGCUGGCUAAUGCGAUGUGCCGUUUAUACGUGUCUACUGUGACCUUCAAUAUAAUUAUACGUUUAUAACGGCGCUUCGAUUCGUCCCGAAAGUGUGAACGCCGCUUAGUGCAAUAUUUGUGGUGUUAUUAUUAACAUUUUGGCAUCUCACUGUGCAGUGGGCGGAAUACUCUAAUUCUUCAGCACAUAUUAACUCGAUACUCCCUACGGCCGGCACCCCUUUACUAUUUUUUGUCGAGUAAUCAAAUUUGCACACAGGGCGAAACUCAAAGAUGGUUUUCAGCCGCUGUACACAGUCAAACAUAGCACAUUAAAGCUUCUCGUGAACUGUAGAGCCGAAUGCUAGCUAUAUACUAGCAAUAUGACGAACAAAGUCAUCUGUAGGUUCUUAUUUUUUGUCUGAUUCAAAAUUACCUUCUGGUUCAGAGGUACGCGGCUGUGCGGAGUACAAACAAAAUUAGCAAGGCCUGAUUGGCUGACGGUCAAGAUGGCUGAGCCGAAUUCGGAUACAGUAAACCACCUGCGUAAACAAUUACUUUGUUAGCGUAGAUACUACGCUAUUAUGUUUCAUUUUGCCAGGCACAAUUCUAAAUUGCAAAAGCAAGCACAUACAAAUGACGUGCCUUUGCUCUUCCAUUUUUCAAAAUAUUGCGCACGUGCUCUCCGCUGUUCAGCGAAGUCAGACUUCACGUCGCUUGAUAUUCCUUCAUUUCGCCGCCGUACCUCAACGGCACGUUUAAGUACGAUAGUCAUGGGACGGUGGGCUUGAAGCCAUGCCAACGCGCAGCAAAGAUGUUCUGUUGUACUUUUUUCUCUGCGUUGCAACGGUUACAAGCAAGCAAAGAGAACAGGUUACAAUGUUGAACCGCCCACACUGCGAAAAAAAAUUAUUUUUUCUCUCCUUGCGUUCACUGUGCGCUAUCCCCUCUGCUUUCUGUUCUCUCUGCCUUUUCCGCGAAACGUCCUACCCGCGUUUCGAGAACUCGUUAAAGAAACGCGCAAGCGAGUCUGCCCCCUUUACACUGUGAAUGCACACGGUAGUGCUCUGGGGGAGGCUGACGCGGUCAGUUCUCGCCGGCGUGACCCCCCCCCCCCCCCAACGGCCACAUCGGCGCCCCCUGGAAGGGCGCUUCGCGCAUCCCAUUGUGCCGCUUGCGUAGGCGCACGCCUUUGUGUCCGAGAAGCCAGGCGGCGCCUUCCUCGCCUCCCCCACCCCGCCCCCCCACCGAGCGCACAGCUAGCGGCCACCACGCAGAGCACCCCUUGCAUGCACCCCUGUUGCGCAACCACAGCAAAAGAAAAGCUUGGCGAGCGAGAACCACCGCAACCACCACGCAACAUCGGCCCGGGUCUGGCCGGUCCCGUGAACGAAAGUGACACGACGCCGACGCGGGUAGGGUCGUCCGACGGCUGCCAUUUCGCCUGGCUCAGCAGCUGCCUAUCUUCGUCUUUCUUCUCUGCCUGUGUGUGUGUUCCUCGAGAUUGCGCCUUCUGUGGGCGCCGCACAACUGUACACAACGCGAAGGCCCGUUGCUUUCUUCACUGCGGGCGCCCGAAGAGGCGACGUGCGGGGUAGCGUCCAACCCGGCCUUCACCGUGAGCGGAGGAAAUGGCGUCUGCAUCAUCUCGAGGCAGGAUGGCUCGAACUUCGACACUGUUCUGCUCCUGGUACUGCUGAAGGAUCUCCUUUCUGCUGCUUCGCUAUAGACGACAACGUAUAUUCGCAGUGGCAAUGCGCACACUGGAAACUUCGACAUGCUGUAUAGGCUCGACUGCCGCCCUCUUCUUCACCGACGCGACAUUUCAACGCGAUGUCAGGCGUAUGCCUGCACGGUUCUGACGCUACGCUUCUGCGUGCGGUGGACAGAGCCAACGGCGAGACGCUGCGGACUUUGGCUCCAUUCCCCUGUUGUUCGUCCCGCUGUCCUUCUCCGACGCGCAAACUCCUUCUUCUGGUCCAGAGUCACCGUGAGACGUGCGGCAUGGGAAUAGGAAGACAGAAAGAAAAUGCAUAAUCAAGCUGCAGCGCGGGCGUUAACAAGGCCCCAUCACCUCCGUCUCGAAGAGCUACUCGGUGCAUGUAGCCACAGUCUUCAACGGCGAAAGUGUCCGGGUAGCCGAAGGCAAGCUGCAGGAACUCGACUUCAUCGUCAAAGCUGACUAGGACUGCAGAAUUUACACGAGACUGUAUGCACCGGCUGGACGCGAGUGCUGAACGUUCGUUCCAAAAAUGUGUGGAGUGCUUCGCGUUGCCUGACACGUGACAAUGGCAUGCAUAUACGCAUCCAGUGACUCGAUCGUGUUCCGUGUCUGGUGUUUGUGUGUGUGUGUUUGGCACGCCGCUGGUCGCCGGACGUGUUCGUCGCCAAGGCGUCUCUUCGGUUCAUUCUUGUCUGUCCGUGUGCCCCGCUGUUUCGCGAUUCGAGAGAGUGAUUGUGUGUGUCUGCGCGUGUGUGUCGAGCACGCCGCCAGCAGAGAAGCAGUGCUCACAGUCUUUCUGCUCUCGCCUGUAAACGCGCGCACGUAUUGUGUGUGUGAGUCUGUCUUUCUCGUGGAUUCAUGCAGCGUGUUGUGCGCGUGACGACAGAAAGCAACACGAGUGAAGCAGGUUGUCGCGAAACACAUCAUGUUUUGAUUGAUGUGUCGCGUUGAAUGCGCUGACUUCUCGCGUGUAAGCGUGUUAUGCUAUUUCACCCUCCUUUAUUUUCCUGGUGAUGAAAGGGGACUGUUGGCUGUAAAAGUAAUGUCUAUAUGGUUGUGUCAAUGAAAUAUGCCGUGACCCUUGAUACUUAUCCUUUUAUUUCUUGAGCGUACUGCUGUAUGUAUUUUUUUUCUCGAGAGCAGCAUAGUCGUAGGCUCGUCCUUGUCUGCUUGACCAUGGCUUGACAUUGCGGUCAUUCAUAUUCAUUCACCCUUGUAUUUAAUUUCAGACGCGGGUAAAUACACUUGAAAAUACUCACGCCACUUUGAUCAUUCAACUCUUCAGCUUGUGAGCGCAGAGUUAGCGAUCUUGUGUCCCAUGUGAAGAGACGUCACCUCUUGCUGGUUGCUAGUGUGCAUUCUUUUGUGUUCUUUUUUUUUCAAUCUGUGAUUAUAUUUGUUAUCGUGGCAGUACACCUUACUGUGCGUUGUACAGUGCUGUCGAUUCCUCGAGAUCCAAUUUCGCCGAUUUGAAAUAAUUAAAAGAACAAUGACGCACCUUUAUUCUUGCUUCAAUUUGCAGGUUUCUCUUGCUCUGUGUUACUUUGGUCUUUGUUAACGGCAAUAUGAACAUCGUAAUGCACCUUCAACGUGUGCUAUUGCAAGAGUAAUCAGUUUUCCGUAAUGAAAUACUACCAGCUUGCAUUCCUACUUCUACGUACUUUUAAAGCUGAACUGAAGCAAAAGGUCAACAACAAUUAUCCCAUUGGCAUUUUU